UUGUAUUUUUCCUUCCUAGUAUAUGGAAAAAGAAGAUGCAGUGAAUAUCUUACAGUUCUGGUUGGCAGCAGAUAACUUCCAGUCUCAGCUUGCUGCCAAAAAGGGCCAAUAUGAUGGACAGGAGGCGCAGAACGAUGCCAUGAUUUUAUAUGACAAGUACUUCUCCCUGCAGGCCACACAUCCUCUUGGAUUCGAUGAUGCUGUGAGAUUAGAAAUUGAAUCUAAUAUCUGCAGGGAAGGUGGGCCACUCCCUAACUGUUUUACAACUCCAUUACGUCAGGCCUGGACAACCAUGGAGAAGGUGUUCUUGCCUGGCUUUUUGUCCAGCAACCUUUAUUAUAAAUACUUGAACGAUCUGAUCCACUCAGUGCGAGGGGAUGUAUUUCUGGGAGGGAAUGCCUCGCUGACUGCUGCCGGCUCUGGCCCUCCUGAUGACCCUCCCCAAGGCGGUGCUGACAGUUUGGCAUCUCAGACCAGUGUGAAAAAAGCUAGUGUUAAAAUUCUGAAAAAUUUUGAUGAAGCAAUAAUUGUGGAUGCUGCGAGUCUGGAUCCAGAAUCUUUAUACCAACGGACAUAUGCAGGGAAGAUGACAUUUGGAAGAGUCAGUGAUGUGGGACAAUUCAUCCGGGAAUCUGAGCCUGAACCUGAUGUAAAGAAAUCAAAAGCUAUGACUGAAUACCUGAGAAGAGGGAGAGACUGCCCAUUGCACUCCGGCUCAGUCGGCUUCAGGUCUGGACUGCGCCUCAGUCAGCAGGGUGCCCUGCAGGAGACAUGCUCCACAGGCCGGGUGAGGCCAGUACUUCCACACCACAGGUGGCUGUUGGAGGGGAAAAAAUGUUGUCUUAGGUGUCACUGCUUUUGCUCAGACUUUGCAAAAAAAAAAAAAUAUAUAUAUAUAUAAUUAUUAAUCACCUCUGUCCUUGAAGAAGUCUUGAAUGAACAGAGAAUUUAUUCCAUUGCAAUAUUUGACUGUAGAGAGGCACACUUUUUCAUCCACAGAAGAAGCAAAAAGGCUGUGUAUAAGUUUUUGGUACUGUGUACCACCUCUGUUAUUCUUCUAAAGCUGAAGUAUUAAUGUACUUAAAUCAUAUUCUAUUUAAUUGUGUUUGAUUUUAAAUAUAUAUAUGAAUUAUAUUUAAAAUUGUGUCAACUUUUCUGCUUUCAGGGCAUUUAUAGCUCUUCUAUUAAAAUGUGUUAAUUCUUCCAAACAUUUCCAUUUGCUUUACAAAAAACCCAGAACAUGAGCCACUGCCAGAUCCAGCCUUGUGUUUGGAGCAUAUGGUAUAUAGACAUGAGGCUUUAUGAGGUAUAUAAAGUGUGGUUUCAGGUGACCCUUGCUGUCUCUGCAUGCUUUGGAAUAACAAUUUCUGUGAAAUUAGUGCUUUCAGUUAAGGUAUUAUUUAGUCAUUUCUUUGUAUACAUUUUGUGCUUCUGAGCUAGAGAUAUCAGUAGUUGUAGGGUCCUUCUAAGAAGAACAGCAAGCUUGAGAGUUUUUUCAUCACCUCCUGCUAUGGGACACAGAAGCAGAAUGUGUCCUGAAAUAUUAGCAAGAUUUAAUAUUUGAUCUAAAGUAGAUCAUUGUACUUAUUUUCCAUUGGAAUUGGACUCACCUCACAUGGAUCACCCCGUGUUCCAGGCUCUGUGCAGUGUGCCCACAAAGUGUGAAUUCCUAACGGGAUGUUUUUAGGUUCAAGGAAUUAGUUAACUGUCCAUCUGUAUUAUGUUAUUGAAAUCAACACAAGUUGUUAGAAAAAAUGUUAGUGGGAAAAUGAUACCUUUUGUAACUCUAUCUAUGUCUAUCACUCCUAUAAGAUUUAAUGAAAAUAAAGCACAAAUGAGGGCCAAGUCCAGAGAAGAGCAAUAAAACAGGAAGCAGCAUUUAGCUCUACUUGGCUGCAAUUUUCAGUAGAUGCUUAUGGAAUGUGAGUAAUUUAUUGUGCUGGAACUUUUGAUUAAAUAGGAAUUUGGAGGGGAGGUCACUCUGAAUUGUAGAAAAUUACACAUGUGGCUGUUUAAGUACUGGUAGCUAAGCACCUAAGUGGCUGGCCUCUCUUUCACGACACUCAGGGUACCUGCCUGACUCACACUGACCCCAUCCUUGCUCUCCCACAUACCUGUUCAUUGAACCUGGGUCAAACUCCUAUAAUCCAAACCGGCCCAAGAAAAUUCUUCAUCUUAAGAAUUUUGCAGGGGACAGUGAGGGAUCCCAGCCACCAUCUCACGAAGUUGGAACCUGGAGCCAGCACUGCGGGCACAAGCAGAGGGUUAGAUGUGGAAGUGCAGAGAGGUCGUUGGUUUAACAGAGCAGUGCCUUGGGUGCGUGAGGACUCGGCUGGUGCUAGAAGCUGAGUCUGAGUGAACUGAGUCUCCCACCUUUGCUAAGGAUGCCAUGCACCCCUUAGGUAGCCCUAGAAUUAAUUUUGGCUUUUUGAAAAUCUAAAGUAAGUUUAUAUUACCUUCACUCAAAAGGCCCUUGAUUAAAAUACUACCAGACUGCUCCAGUUACUAAUGACUAGGUCUGCUUACUGUGUUUGCCAUGUGCCACAGGAUUCUGGAGAACAUUUCUUUAGUAAACGUUCCUUGGUUAUUUUGUGUAUUCGCUCAGGGUGAAAUUCUAAACUAAUGAAAAUAAUAAAAAGACACUUCCUUGUCUUUACAUGGAGGAGCUACUGAGGCCCAGGAGACCGGCUGGUCCCCAGCCCGUGCAGAAGGGUUCCCAUUAGCAUGCAGGCCACCUGUACCAGGGCCUUCCCGCACAUCUCACCCUCCCGAAGGACAUGCCGUCCCACUUCUGGCACCUUUAAUAGACCCAGAAAUGAGAAGGCCUUUCCCUUAAUGAGUAACUGAUGUGAACUUAAAAUGAUGGAGGGCAGUAAUUAUUAGAAAGUUUGUAAGUGCUGGGCAUGUCUUUGUGCUGGGCAAGAUACCUGGCCGGCCACUGGUUGAAGGAAAGUAAGUCCCAGCAAAACCUUCCAAAGCUACAACUCAGCGGAGACCCUAGGAGGCCCUCUCUGAGGCCUGUUACAGAGAACACUGUGGACCUGCAGGAGGCUCCGCUUGGGCAGUACUGUGAUGGGCCCAGACUAGGCAGUGUGGCAGUGUGGGUUUCAUGGAGGCACUGGAGGGACUGUUGUCGGCAAAGAUCCAGAGGGCAUUUGUGUUCAGAGGCAGAAGCCUAUAUGCUUGUCUGUCACACAAGGUGGUGAGUAUUUCUGACUUAGUAAUUUUAUGCCAACAUUUGCUCAGUCUGUUACCUUCCAGCUUCCUGCUCUGGCACAGUCACUGUGUCAGAACUCACAUAGGAUAGGCCAGCCUGCUGCCUCAGGGCAAUAGUGCAUCCAACCCCCCCAGCCACUGCUGGGGCUCCCAUGACUGCUUCUUCAUUGUACCCUGAGUAGCACUUGGGAGCACAGGGUGUGCAGCUGGGCCCUCUGGACCUAGUGUUUGCGUGGGGUGAGGGCAGGGGGUGUGGCUAGAAAGUGAGCUUAAGUUCAGCUUGAAGGAGCUGGGAUUUGCCAAGAAGCAAGUGCCUGACUUUACCUGUAGGCUCAGCCCUCAGUGACUCCAAGCUGGCCUUUGCCUUUGUCACAGUAAGAUCCCCACAUUUUGUAACCUUAUAGAAGCAGCUCUGGCUGAAGGGUGCCUGGGGCCUCCAGACAGCUUUGUGGGCUCAGCGAAGCCCAGCCAGCUCCUCCCAAACCUUAGGUUUGGCAGAGAGCAGCCUGUGUUCCUUCCGAUUACAGAACUGGUUUAGCGAAUGUUCACCCACUCAGAAAUACUUUAAUGUCUACUAUGUGCCAGACACUGGUGCAGGGACACAGGAAGGGGUAAAAGAAACUCUGGGCCCCUUGGAGCUUCCAUUCUGAGGAGGAGAUGAAGUCUGAAGUUUUAUAAAAAAUGUGUGCUGGUGUUUUUGACUCAAGAUGACUUCUUGAGCCUGUGAUACAGCACCCUUUCCUUAACCAAGUCCUGCUGGAAGUCACCAGGCUUUUCCAAGCCCACAGGGAGACCCUUGGGGGAGGGUCCUCCUGUGACCUCUCACCUUACCUUUUCUCGAGUCCUUCAGAGGCCCUGAAGGGCCACUGCUUUGCCAUUCCAUGUGCUCAUUGCAAGAAUAGGCACUCAAGUGUCCAGCACCUGGUUGACGAUAGGGGUGGGCACUCCGAUGUCUGAGGCUGGAUAGGGUAAGUUGCUCUGAAUAGCGAAAGGCCUAGAGGAUGCCACAGGAGCAAUCUCAGCCCUGUGGGGCUCUGCAGAGUUUUGGGAAAUGGGACUUCUUGGGAACUAGAAAGAAGACUAGUAUGAAGUUAAUUCUCUGCAUGUACAAAAUCCUGACCUUGGAAAAACCCUAGCCAGCCAUUGAGCUCAUUACCUGAGGUGCCUGGCUCCUUCUGAGUUCUGCUUUAAUGAGAAGAAUGAUAACCAGCAGAGCUGAGUAUGUGUUAUGUGUCAGGCCCCACCUCAUUUGAUCUGUAAAGGAAUUUCUCCAGAGCCCACAUCCAGGAGUCCAGUGCCGGCAGUGAGAUCACCCUCUUCCUCACCACCCACCGUCCUGCAGACCUGCAGCUCUUGUCCCACGGAAGACUGGUAUAGCGGAUGUCAAGGGGUCAAAACAAAUUUAGGAGAUUGUGACUUUAAACACAUCCCCCUUCCCCUCUGGUAACCACUGUACUAUUGUGUAUGAGAUUUUCUUUGUCUUGUUUUUUCAUUUGUUGCUUUCAGUUGUAUAUCUCAUGUGCGUGAAGUCAUACGGUUCUUGACGUUUUGUCUGACUUAUUUUGCUUAGCAUGAUGUUCUCAAGGUCCAGCCAUGAUGUUGCAAAUGGCAGUAUUUCAUCCUUUCUUGUGGCUGAGUAGUAUUCCAUUGUAUGUGUGCACCACAUCUUUAUCCAAUCCUCUACUGAAGAACACUUCAGUUAUUACCACUUCUUGGCCACCAUGAAUAAUGCUGCAAUGAACAUAAGGGGACAUAUAUCUUUGCAAGUAAAUGUUUUCAGAUUUUUCAGGUAGAUACCCAGAAGAAGGGUUGCUGGGUCAUAAGGAUGGUAACUCUGUACUUAAUUUUUUAAGGAACUGCCACACUCUUUUCCAUAGCGGAAAACUAUCUACAUUCCCACCAGUAGAGAAUGAGUUCUUUUUCUCCAAAACCUCUCUGACACCUGUUAAUUGUCUUGUCGAUAAUAGCCAUUCUAACAGGUAGUAUCUGAUUGUGGUUUUAAUUUGCAUUUCCCUAAAAGCUAGUAAAGUUGGUUAUCUCUUAUAUAUCCGUUGGCCGUUUGUAUAUUUUCUUGAGAGAAGUGUCUGUUCAGGUCCUCUGUCCAUUUUUUAAUUGGAUUGUUUGUUUGCUGUUAUAUGAGCUCCUUAAAUUUUUUGGAUACUAACCCCUUGUGGCUGUCUGCAAACAUCUUCUCAAAUUUGGUCAAUUACCUUUUUGUUUUGUUGACAGUUACUUUUGCUGUGCAGAAGUGUUUUUAGUUUAGUAUAGUUCCAUUUAUUUCUUUUUGCCUUCACCCCCCCUUGCCUUUGGUGUCAAAUUCAUAAAACCCUGUUUAAGGCCAAAGUCCAUGAAUUUAGUAACUAUAUAAAGGGUAAAGGGAGUAAAAUGUGACAGGAGAUUUUCAUUGGUAAACACACAAUGCAGUCAGUAUACAGAUGACAUAGCAUAGAAUUGUACAUACACACACAAAAUUAAACACAUCCCAUUCCAUUACCUUAAAACAGCACUUAAACUUUCACAUGCACCAGGAUCCCCUGGAGAACUCAUUAAAACAUGGAUUGCUAAGCCUAACCCCCUGAGUUUUAGCAAGAGUUAGUUGGCCUGAGAGUUUGCAUUUUUAACAGACUCCCCAGCAAUGCCACUGCUGCUCUGGAGACCACACUGAGAAUCGCUGCCUUAAAAAUCUGUAAAUGUGGAAAUGCAUAUAUUUUUAUUCCUUUUCAUUGGAAAAGCCCAUGUUUUACACAUGAGUAAUUUGAGACCUGUUACUCAUGGUUCACUCAAACAAGUACAUAAAUUCUUUGUUAGUAUUCAGAUUAGUAUUCAGAUAUUUAUCAAAGCCAAGAGCACCCUAAUGGUCUCCGUCACCAGGCAGGUCUGAGACCACAGAGGCAGGUCUCUCCCCUGGAGUAAGGCUUUGAAAGAGGCCACUGAUGGGGCUCAGCCCUGCAGUCUUUAGCUCCCCUGCCCCCAGUGCCUUCACUGGAGACAGUGCCCCUGACACACUCCUCUGGGCUAACUUUGGGCUAUUGGGUCACACCCACUGUCUCAGUGGAACCUUUUGCACAAAUGCCAUCUGGUCUGUUUCCUUUCCGUUUGCCUCCCAGGUCCUAGAUGCCAGCUGCCCUCUGAAGUCCUGACCUAUCUCUUCUGCCGUCCUCCUCCAGCCCCAUAGGCCUCUGGUACCUCAUUCCUCCUUUCCUCUCUUCAGUUCUCCUUCCUCCCUGUUUCUCCCUAAAGCAUGCUAUUUGCUGAGGUCUGUUUUAUGCCUGCCCUUGCUAAGGUUGUAGCAGUGCCCAGGACAAACAUAGUGCCUGCUCUUCCUACAGGCUAGAAAACAUGAGUGUCAUGGGAGUGAGCUAGGAACCUGUCAGGGAGAGGGUGUGCAAAGUCUAGGUGGACUCCUCCUUUGGAACCCACAGACAUCCAAUCAUGCCAGUCUUUCUCCAGGACCUUUGUGUGUAUCUUUUCCCUCAAGAUACUGGAAUCCCUGCUGUGUGCGGGCCACUCCUCCCCAAAGGACCAGGGCUUUGUGUCAGCAUCGUCCAUGCCCACCCACCCCUGGACAGUGCUGCUUCUAGGUCCUGCCUCCCUGUGCUCCACUGCUGUCUGGGGGGCUGUCUUCUCACCUUUGCCACCUGCUCAGCUCCAGGACUCCCCCACCAUCUCUCUCCAAGUCUUUCGUGUGCCACUCCCACGUCUUGUCACUCCAUUCUCACUCCAGGACACGUCACUAUCCAUGAUGACAAUGGCUCCACAACCCACACUAGAGCUCUUUGGCUCUUUCUGUUCCCAAGAACACGUUUUACCCUUCAGACACUCCCAUAGCCAGACUUCAGUGUCUCCUGCAACUGCUCUACCUCUGGUUUCUCCUAUGUAGCCCACAGCGACCUCCAGUGAUGCAAGUUUUGCAGGGUUAUAGAUUCCUCCUAUUGGAAUGAGUGGAAAGAGGGGAGCAAAGAAAUGUAGCGAUUAUUCCAGGGGGUAUUCCAUCCCUAUUACAGAGUCGAGUUUUGUAAACCAGCCUUUUAAAGAGCAAUUUCAAAAGCAAUAAGUAUGUGGUUCGUUGUAAGGAUUGCAAACACGCACCUACAUGGGGAGCUGGGGUGGUGGACUGUCCUGACAUCGAGAGUUGGAUCAAACUUUCCAAUGACAUUGUCAUCCAAGUGUUUUAAAGUGCUGCAUCUCAAACACCUUAGAUGCAAGUGAAGGAGAUACACUUCAAGAAACUGUGGCUCUAGAUAAUGAGGAAGACAUUGAUGUCCAAGAUGCAUGUAGAGAGUUUGAAUAAAAUUUUUACCUGAAAUGUCAAUGGAGGAAAAAAAGCAAUAUUUUGUAUUACUGUAUUAUUGUAUAUAAUGUUAUUUUAACCAUGCAUGUGUAACUAAAUUAAUAAAUAGUAUA